AUGGGCAGCAUCAUCGACCAGCAAGGUGGAACAGAUGCAGAUGUCAAGGCAAGGAUCGGCAAAGCAAGAGUCGCCUUCAUCCAGCUCAAGAACAUCUGGGCUUCCAUAGAGCUAACCUUGACCACCAAGAUCCGACUGUUCAACUCCAAUGUGAAGUCAGUACUGCUGUACGGGGCUGAAACCUGGAGGAAAACCAAAACUACCAAUAGAAGAAUCCAGACAUUCAUCAACAGCUAUCUCAGAAGGAUUCUCAACAUUUGCUGGCCAGACACCAUCCGUAACACCAACCUAUGGGAAAGGACCUGCCAACUUUCAGCAGUGGCAGAAAUCUGGAAGAGAAGAUGGGGCUGGAUAGGGCAUACCCUAAGCAAACUGCCAACCAACAUCACUAGGCAGGCUCUCCAGGUGGAAUCCCCAAAGAAAGAGAAAGCUAGGCCUUCCAAGAAACACCUGGUGACGCGACCUCGAGGCAGACAUCACAAGGAUGGGCUACACCUGGAGUAA